AUCUAUAUGGGCCCAAUCGCCCCGACGUUGCGUCGCCUCAAGAUAUUCUCGCUUUCCUCCCUGACCCUCAGCUUCGGAUUCAUACCUUUCCUCUUCAUCGUCGAAUCCUCCCUACCAUUCGCGGCGCGCGCCACGCUCGCAGGCGUAGCCAUGGCCACCACGAGUGUAUCUACUGCACUCGUCGCCUGGUGCACGCGACCAUACGUUGUCAGCCUUCGGCAGCUCGCUUCACAAGACGUUGCCGAACUCGGCGGAAUCGAAAUGACGACUCUGACGCUCGGACUGAAUGAGCGCCGCACCCGCGUUUACGACACGGCCUUUCUCGUCGAUUCGCGCAGGCCUCUGUCCAAAUGGGAACUCGCCAAAACCGUCGUCAUUCCCGACGCCAGCUCAGCCGGCGUCGUUCCCGGGACCGAAGAAACCGUAGCAGAGACCUAUGCCGAUGGCGGUGUGAUUGGCAGAUGGAUCGUCCGUUGGGGCGAGGAUGGCAAUGGAACCUGCCGACAGGAGGGGAAGAUGAUUAGG